AUGAAGUCUGAAUUUGAGAUGAGUCUUGUAGGAGAUCUCAUUGACUUUCUUGAUCUUCAAGUAAGGCAAAUGGAAGACAACAUUUUUGAAACUCAGAGCAAGUAUGCUGAGAGUAUUGUGAUGAAGUUUGGGCUUGAAAAUGCAAGCUACAGGAGAACUCCUACUGCAAUACAUGUGAAAGUAAGAAAAGAUGAAAAUGGAGUUGAUGUAAAUCAAAGUAUCUACAUAAGUAUGAUACGAAGUCUGCUAUACCUCACAUCAAGCAGACCUGGCAUCACUUUUGUGGUAGGGGUAUGUGCUAGAUAUCAAGCUAAAUCCAAGGCUAGUCAUCUCACUCAAGUAAAGAGAAUCAUGAAAUACAUAAAUGGGACUUGUGACUAUGACAUUCUAUAUUCACAUGAUACAAAUUCAAUAUCAGUAGGUUGUGAUGUAAAUAGGGCUGAAAGUGCUGAUGAUAAAAAAAAAAGUACAUCUUAUUACUAG